AACUAAUCAGACACACAUUACCAUUAUACUUACAUUCUCAGACUCUCUCUCUCUUUCUCUGUAUCAAAACGCGAUUCUCAUUAACAAAAAAGGCGAUUCACGAAGCUCUAAGCGGUCAGUUAGAUUUGCUCUGCAACACAUCAAGCAAUGGGAACCUGUGCAUCGAGGCCUCCCAAACCAAAUCCAUACGCGCCUCGUGACGCUGAUGACUAUGCUGCCCCUCCGACGCCUCUGAAGGACGACGUUUCGUCGGAGAAAGAAAGCAAUUCAGUAUCUUCAUUCUUCCCUUUUUACUCUCCCAGUCCUGCUUUCUUCCUCAAGAAGUCUCCGGCGGCGGGCGCCACGCCGAAGGGAAACUCGACGCCCCUCCGCUUCUUGCGACGGCCGCUCCCGCCGCCUUCUCCGGCGAAGCACAUUCGAGCGGUGUUGAGGAGACGGCAGUCAAAGAAGGCGGCGACGGAGGCGAUUCCGGAGGAGGGGGAGGAAGUGAUUGAGCUGGAUAAAAGGUUUGGGUUCUCGAAGGAGUUGAAAAGUAAGGUAGAGGUGGGCGAUGAAGUUGGAAGAGGGCAUUUCGGGUACACUUGUUCUGCUAAGUAUAAGAAAGGUGAAUUCAAAGACCAGCAAGUCGCAGUCAAAGUCAUUCCCAAAUCCAAGAUGACAACAGCUAUUGCAAUUGAGGAUGUGAGAAGGGAGGUGAAAAUAUUGCAAGCCUUGACAGGACAUAACAAUCUAGUAAAAUUCUAUGAAGCAUUUGAAGACACUGAUAAUGUCUAUGUUGUUAUGGAGUUAUGUGAGGGAGGGGAGCUUCUAGAUAGAAUUCUCGCAAGAGGUGGGAAAUACUCUGAAGAAGAUGCAAAGGCUGUAUUGGUACAGAUUCUAAAUGUUGUUGCUUUUUGCCAUCUCCAAGGUGUGGUGCACCGAGAUCUUAAACCAGAGAACUUUCUAUAUACUUCUAAGGAUGAGAGCUCUCAGUUGAAAGCCAUAGAUUUUGGCUUAUCUGAUUUUGUCAGGCCAGAUGAAAGGCUUAAUGAUAUUGUUGGAAGUGCAUAUUACGUGGCCCCCGAAGUUCUGCAUAGAUCUUAUGGUACAGAAGCUGAUGUGUGGAGUAUAGGUGUGAUAGCCUAUAUUCUUCUCUGUGGAAGUCGUCCAUUCUGGGCACGGACUGAGUCUGGAAUUUUUCGAGCAGUCUUGAAAGCUGAUCCAAGCUUUGAUGAUGGACCAUGGCCUUCACUGUCUUCAGAAGCCAAAGACUUUGUCAAGCGCUUACUGAACAAAGACCCACGGAGACGGAUGACAGCUGCUCAAGCUUUGAGUCAUCCAUGGAUCCGAAGUUAUAAUAAUGUAAAAGUACCUCUUGAUAUCUCAAUAUUGAAGCUCAUGAAGGCGUACAUGCGGUCAUCUUCUUUGCGUAAAGCUGCUUUAAAGGCCUUGUCUAAGACUUUGACUAUUGAUGAACUUUUCUAUUUGAAGCAACAGUUUGCAUUGUUAGAGCCAAACAAAAAUGGUAGCAUAACCUUGGAGAAUAUAAAGAUGGCCCUGGUGAGAAAUGCAACAGAUGCGAUGAAAGACUCUCGCAUCCCUGAUUUUCUGGCAUCCUUAAAUGCACUUCAAUACAGAAAGAUGGAAUUUGAAGAAUUCUGUGCAGCAGCACUAAAUGUCUAUCAGCUGGAGGCACUUGAUCAUUGGGAACAGCAUGCACGCUGUGCAUAUGAGCUUUUUGAGAAGGAUGGGAACAGAGCUAUUGUUAUCAAUGAACUUGCUUCAGAACUUGGACUUGGGCCUUCCAUACCACUGCAUACUGUUCUCAAUGACUGGAUAAGACACACUGAUGGGAAGUUAAGCUUUCUUGGAUUUAUCAAGCUGUUGCACGGUGUCUCCGGCCGAACUAUGGCAAAGGCACAGUGAAGAUCAAAGUUUGUGAUAGAAGUGAAGUAAUUUUGUAUGCAUUGUAGUGAAACACGUGUUGUGAACAUUCACACCCGGUAACGAUGAUCGAUUCUUUCAAGUGUUAGAAAUUGCAUAACACUCCACUCAAGUCAGAAGGCUUCCCUUUCAUUACAAUUCUCUGAGAUGAGUUUCAACUCUCCAGAAAUUUCAGGCAGAAUCAAUGUUUCAGUUUAAGGCCUCCGAAGAAUUUAGUGGCAGUACAGUGUAAAGAUAUAAUUAGUUUGCUUAACAAGACCCAGUUUCCAAGUUUGUAUGUAUUAAAACUGAAAACGUAGUGCCAUUGAUAAUGCUGUUGUAUUUUCGCAUUUGGAAGCCAUAAACAGAUGAAAAUGAUUCCACUGUUCUAAUUUUCUGAAAAACAAGAAGGCUUUUCUGAGA